AUGGCGUUAUAUAAAAUUGUAAAUAGGAUGUGGAUGGUGCCUGACUCUAAAGGAAUAACAAGAACAACUGCAGGGGAAGCUGAAAUGUUAAAGUUAGUUUCAGAAGGUUGUGAUUCCAUAAUUUUGCGUAGAGAGGAUGUUAAGCACGAAGCUAAGGAGGUUUUUGGGGAAGGGUCUAGUGCUCAUCAUGCUGUACAGACAUUGGAUAAAACUAUUUCAAACAUAAAGUUGAAACUAGAGGCUGCACGAGCAGCACAAGAGUCUAUUCUCAGUGGCUCUCCUACUUCAGAAGACAUAAAGAAGACCGACUCACCUGGGAAAAGAAAAUACCUUAUGGUUAUAGGAAUUAACACUGCUUUUAGCAGCCGAAAAAGAAGAGAUUCUGUUCGUGCUACGUGGAUGCCACAAGGUGAAAAAAGAAGAAAGUUGGAGGAAGAGAAGGGCAUUAUUGUUCGCUUUGUCAUUGCAGUUUGUAUAAAAAAAAUUCUCCAUCUGCCUUUCUAUAAUAUUUUUGCCACGGUAGGGGGUAUACUGGACAGAGCUAUUGAAGCGGAGGACAAAAAGCAUGGAGAUAUUUUGAGGCUGGAUCAUGUCGAGGGAUACCUUGAAUUGUCAGCGAAGACAAAGACAUAUUUUGCCACUGCUGUUGCUUUAUGGGAUGCAGAGUUCUAUGUCAAGGUUGAUGAUGAUGUUCAUGUGAAUAUAGCCACACUAGGAGAAACUUUGGCAAGACACCGAAGAAAACCACUGGUAUAUAUCGGAUGCAUGAAAUCUGGUCCCGUCCUUGCUCAAAAAGGAGUGAGAUACCAUGAACCAGAGUAUUGGAAGUUUGGGGAGGCAGGAAACAAGUAUUUCCGUCAUGCUACAGGACAGUUAUAUGCUGUUUCAAGAGAUUUGGCUACAUAUAUUUCAGUAAACCAGUUAAGUUUCACAUUAUUUGAGGGCAUGUACUGCACAAGUAUGCUAACGAAGAUGUAUCUCUGGGAUCUUGGUUUAUUGGACUCGAUGUGCAGCAUAUUGACGAUAGGAGAUUAUGUUGUGGAACCCCACCAGAUUGCGAGUGGAGGGCACAGGCGGGCAACAUUUGUGUUGCUUCGUUUGACUGGAGCUGCAGUGGAAUUUGCAGGUCGGUUGAUAGGAUUAAGGAGGUCCAUCGACGGUGCGGUGAAGGAGAGAAUGCUGUGUGGACUGCUGCCUUUUGAAAAUCAGCUGGCAAUUCUUCCAAACUCAGGAAGGUAAUAAAGAUCAGCAGUUGUACUGAUUAUUAUCUUUUUCAUUCAUCUUAGUAUAGGGAAAAUAUAAAUUAUACAUACUAUAUACAAGAUAGAGAGAGAGGCCCUGCUGUGCAAACCUUCUCCAUUUCAGUAUAGAAGUCUUGACUGCCCAAGCAGUCGAGCACAGUGGCAUCAUUACCCAAUUGUUACUGCCUGGAGGGCCAAAUUGUAAGUCACAAAUCAUAGAUAUUAAGCUCAUAAUAGAAAGAACAGUCUGUGUUGGCUUUUUCUGUCCUCUUCCAAUUUUAUCAAUGAGUUGUUUCACAAAUUAUUUG